GGAGCGCGGCGGCGGGGCCCGCAGACGGAGCGGAGCGGCGGCGGCGCGGCGCGGGGCGCGGGGCGGCAUGGCCACCACCGCGCAGUACUUGCCGCGGGGCCCCGGCGGCGGAGCCGGGGGCACGGGACCGCUUAUGCACCCGGAUGCCGCGGCGGCAGCGGCCGCCGCGGCGGCCGCCGAGCGGCUGCACGCGGGGGCCGCGUACCGCGAAGUGCAGAAGCUGAUGCACCACGAGUGGCUGGGCGCGGGCGCGGGCCACCCCGUGGGCCUAGCGCACCCCCAGUGGCUACCCACGGGAGGAGGCGGCGGCGGCGACUGGGCCGGCGGCCCGCAUCUGGAACACGGCAAGGCAGGCGGCGGCGGCACCGGCCGGGCCGACGACGGUGGCGGCGGCGGCGGUUUCCACGCGCGCCUGGUGCACCAGGGGGCGGCCCACGCGGGCGCGGCAUGGGCGCAGGGCGGCACGGCGCACCACUUGGGCCCGGCCAUGUCGCCGUCGCCGGGGGCCGGCGGGGGCCACCAGCCCCAACCGCUCGGGCUGUACGCGCAGGCGGCCUACCCGGGGGGCGGCGGCGGCGGCCUGGCCGGGAUGCUGGCGGCGGGCGGCGGCGGCGCGGGGCCGGGCCUGCACCACGCGCUGCACGAGGACGGCCACGAGGCGCAGCUGGAGCCGUCGCCUCCGCCGCACCUGGGCGCCCACGGACACGCACACGGACAUGCACACGCCGGCGGCCUGCACGCGGCGGCGGCGCACCUGCACCCGGGCGCGGGCGGCGGUGGCUCGUCGGUGGGCGAGCACUCGGACGAGGACGCGCCCAGCUCGGACGACCUGGAGCAGUUCGCCAAGCAGUUCAAGCAGCGGCGCAUCAAGCUGGGCUUCACGCAGGCCGACGUGGGGCUGGCGCUGGGCACGCUGUACGGUAACGUGUUCUCGCAGACCACCAUCUGCCGCUUCGAGGCCCUGCAGCUGAGCUUCAAGAACAUGUGCAAGCUGAAGCCGCUACUCAACAAGUGGCUGGAGGAGACCGACUCGUCCAGCGGCAGCCCCACCAACCUGGACAAGAUCGCGGCUCAGGGCCGCAAGCGCAAGAAACGCACGUCCAUCGAGGUGGGGGUCAAAGGCGCGCUCGAGAGCCACUUUCUCAAGUGCCCCAAGCCCUCGGCGCACGAGAUCACAGGCUUGGCCGACAGCCUGCAGCUGGAGAAGGAGGUGGUGCGCGUCUGGUUCUGCAACCGGCGGCAGAAGGAGAAGCGCAUGACCCCGGCGGCCGGGGCCGGCCACCCACCCAUGGACGACGUUUACGCACCCGGCGAGCUGGGGCCGGGCGGGGGCGGUGCGUCGCCGCCCUCGGCACCCCCGCCUCCCCCGCCGGCCGCGCUGCACCACCACCACCACCACACACUGCCCGGCUCGGUGCAGUGACCCCGCGGGCCGGGCCCCCCGCCGGUGCGCGGCGAGGCGCCGCGCGGCCUGAACUCUUUUUGUUCGGUUGCUUUGGAUUUUACAAAAAGCCCAGAAACUUUCGAAUAAAACCAAACACCGGGACGACCCUCUCCUGCGAGCGGCGAAGACGGCCGAUAGGCUUCGUCGCCCGAGCCCCGAGAGAGAGGAGCGAAGAUCCGGAACGCGCCAACUCACCCCGGGCAUCCUGCCCGCCGCCUGCUCCCUGCCCCCAACCCCUCGACGACCCCUGCCCCUGCCCCCCCGGGCUGUUCGGGGCCGGAUCCCGGCAGCGGCCUCCCCACAGCGACAGGUAACGCGGUACGGGGUUAGGGAUUCCCCGGGAGAGAGGACGAAGAGAGGAGAGUUCCCCAACCCUCUCCCCGGCGCGGAUUCCCGAGCCUGCGGGUCGAGGGUGGGGGGCUGUCACUUUAUUCGCUCCACGCCUCUUUUCUCCCAUAAGGAUGCGCCCCAUCCCCCUUACCCUUCCUCCGGGCUUGGUUUUUUACGGUUUUUAUUUAUUCAUGGAGCCUCUCGGCUCCUGGGGUCCUUCUAACUGCGCCCGCGCCCUUAAUUUAAAUCGCUGUAUACUGUAUUUAUCGGGGCCCCGGAGGGGAGGCCGCGAGAGCCGCGUCUGUGUAUAAAAGCAGGAAAUAGCCAAAGCUUUAAUCUAGCCUAAUUUAUUUUUCCCCUUACCUUCCCCUACCGUACCCC